CCCCCAUUGUAAAGCUAGCUGAUACACACAGCUACUCAACUUUUUUUAUUAUGUGAGACAGAGAAAAAGAAACAAGUAGCAAGAAGAAGAAGAAGAAGAGACAUUCGGACUGUCCCACAAGCUUUAUCAGCUUUAUGAUAAAACUAAACCCUACUUUAUUUCAUUUAAUGCAAAGCUAAAACUGUCAAUCACUCGUGGAUUAGACUAACGUAAUUAUGGUCUCUGUAAUUGUAUCAGAUGCUUAAGUAUUCAUUCUUGGAAAAAGGUUUUCGUCAGAUGCUUAAUUAUUCAUUCUAAUCUCAUUUAUGUUCUGAUUAUUUAAAGAAAUAAAAAGGGGGAAGAAGAGGACAAGGAAAAUGGGAAUAUAUUGCAAAGAAAGCUGAAGCAAAUGGCUGGCAGGAAAAUGGGUCAGUGGCACUGCAAGAAACGAGAGGGUCAUCGGGAAGGCAAAGCUUAAUUACUUGACCACCACCGCGUGCGCUUCUCCAUUUUCACACUCUUUCUUUACCAUAAUCAUCCACACACUUCAUUUUAAUUAAAGCAAACCACUCGUUUCCUUUCCCCAAGCAAAUCUCAGCAGUCUUACCAUAACCUAACUGUUCCUGUAAAAAGGCUGUUUACUGAAGCUUAAAUCUCGGGAGGGCACUGCUGCUACAAUACCAUUACCAACCAUCCAUCCUUUUGGGGUAGGAAAGAGAAAAUAACUUCAAACCGAUAAGACACUAAUGGAGGGAGGUUCCAAUAUGAUACCUUUUGGCGACAACAACACUAAUGGACUUUGUCCUAUGAUGAUGAUGAUGCCUCUCCUAUCUUCUCAUAAUGCACACUCAUCUUCCAAUAAUACCCUAUUUCUUCCUCUCCCACCGCCUCCCACCAGCAACAACGCCACCACCAGCACCACCACCGGCCGUUAUUUCAUGGAGAACAACGAUGGCACGCCCAGUACUGCUUCUGUGAAGGCUAAGAUCAUGGCUCAUCCUCACUACCACCGUCUCUUGGCUUCCUAUAUCAACUGCCAAAAGGUUGGAGCUCCGCCUGAAGUAGUGGGUAAACUAGAAGAAGCAUGUGCAUCCGCAGCAACAAUGGGGCAAAGCGGUUCGAGCUGCAUAGGUGAAGAUCCAGCCCUAGACCAAUUCAUGGAGGCCUACUGCGAGAUGCUGACGAAGUAUGAGCAAGAACUCUCCAAACCCUUCAAAGAAGCCAUGGUUUUCUUACAGAGAGUUGAGUGCCAAUUCAAAGCACUCUCCAUCUCCUCUCCCACUUCUGCUUGUGGGGAAGCAAAUGAUAGGAAUGGAUCAUUGGAGGAAGAAGUAGAUGUGAACAACAAUUUCAUAGAUCCGCAGGCAGAAGAUCAGGAGCUGAAAGGUCAAUUACUGCGAAAAUACAGCGGUUAUUUAGGAAGUUUGAAGCAAGAGUUCAUGAAGAAAAGGAAGAAGGGAAAGUUGCCUAAAGAAGCCAGGCAACAGUUAUUGGAUUGGUGGAGCAGACAUUACAAAUGGCCUUAUCCUUCGGAGUCCCAGAAGUUGGCUCUGGCUGAAUCAACGGGUCUAGAUCAGAAGCAAAUAAACAACUGGUUCAUUAACCAAAGGAAGCGGCACUGGAAACCGUCGGAGGAUAUGCAAUUUGUGGUGAUGGAUGCAGCACAUCCUCAUUAUUAUAUGGAUAAUGUUCUUGCUCAUCCUUUCCCUAUGGACAUCUCUCACCAAGCGCUUCUCUAAAGAUUAUACUGAUUAUUAUGGGAAUUAAUAUAUAUCUAUAUAUGUACUUAUCACUGGAGUUAUGCUAUGUGUUUCAAAUGUAUUUGGAAUGCUAAGUCGAUUCUGCACUAUAAGUUAUUAUUAUAUGUAUACUCAGCUCUUAGUAUGCUUAUUUUGUUGGA